ACCCUGUGUGGCGAGCUCGUCGGGAGAUGUGGGAAAAACACAAGCCAACGUUGACGAGGUUGGACGGCUGCGUCUGGAGCAAAGUGAAAUGAGAAAGGCAGCAGACAAGAGGUUCAAAGCUUUGGAAGAAGUCAUUCAUGCCUUACAAAAACAAUGUGAGGAUGCGGAGGCGAAUGCUGAAGUUUGGAAAGCCGAGGCGCUGCGUCCGGGUAACAAGAGAGGUGGGAUCUCCAUUGGUACCACGCCUGUAACUCAGACCAGGAUUCGACCUCGGAUGACGCCUGCUGAAACCCUAGGUGCUACGAGAAGAGUGGAUGAAAGACUCAAGGGGCUAGUCGAGAGGCAUCAAGAGGAGGUUGGGAUUUUGCAAGAUCAACGCGUGAAGGAAAUGAACGCACGUAAGCAAAGUGAAGAAGAAUUGGAGAAACUGAAGCAGGAGAUGACCAGGUUGGACGUCGAGAAUAGGAGAAAGACGAGAAGCAAUCUGAAAGCUAGGAUGGACGAAGCGGCGGUCACGACAGUACGGAGGGAAAAGAACCGUGAGUGUGAAGGUGUUGUUUUUUCGGCAGUAAAAAGUGUCGGGAAGGUUGGAGCCAGCCCGGCCCCGUUGAACAAUCGGGAGGCUUUCCUGCGGGCAGCAAGGAAGGAGCUGCGAGGGAAGAAGAAGGAUCAGAUCAUUGAGAUCUGCGGGAAAGAGGGGGUCGACUAUACUACGCUUAAUCCCACUAAAGAGUUCAUUGCGCGGCGAAGAACGGAGCGUGCUUUCGACGAGAAAAUGGAUGAGGCGAGGAGCAAGGAGAAGGAAGUUUUAGAAGUGACUGAGGAUGGAGAAGAAUCUGAGGAUGACGGGCGUGAAUCCGCUGAUUCUUAGGAUCACGCCCGAACGCUUCUUAUUUCUAGGAUGU